ACUCCACACACACUAAAACUGUCCAAGUUUUUGUUUUUGUUUGUUUUUUUAUGGGGGUUAAUAACAACGUGCCUACCUGGGCGAAGUAUGGCUAGCAUCCCAUUGCUAGCCCGAGUUAUGUGACCGAGGGUUGAAGAUCGAGCUUCUCCUUCAGUCGUGGAGUGGAGCUGAGAUCCAGGACAGCCUUCAUAUUUCGCAGGUACAACAGUAGCGGAGCGGCUGCAGUCAAGACAUAAGAAGCAGAGCACAGGAGCAGUUUGGAAAGUCAACAUCCAUCAGCUCGACUCAUGCUCACAAAGGUCUCUCUCUCUUUAUUGAUCUCCACCCUCGGGUGAAGACAGAAGUAGGGGUUUGGAUGCAGGUUGUAUGUUGGCUGCUGUGCUUCGGCACGGCGGGGGCACUCGUCGUGCUGCAGAAGGACCAGGUGGCCCAGCACGCCAUCAAACUUUAUCGGGGCAAAGGGGCCACACACGGCCACAGCUGGGUGGCCAGCAACUGCAAGCGGCUGGUGGGUCUCCUGCGUCAGAAGAAUGUGGUUGUCAAGAAGCUGGCAGCCGCCGCUGAUGCUGUUGGACGAGACCGGGCCCUUUCAGAGCCUGAGAGGCACUUCCAGGUUCACACGCUGGAGGUUUUCCAGAAGGAGCUGAAUGAGAGCGAACACCUGGUGUUCCAGGCGGUGCACAGCCUGCAGAGGGCGCUGCAGGGAGACUACAGGGACGUGGUCAACAUGAAGGAGAGCAGCAGGCAGAGGCUGGAGGCCCUCAGGGAGGCAGCUAUAAAGGAGGAACAGGAGUAUGUGGAGCUCGUGGCUGCUGAGAAGCACCAGCAGGAAGCUGUGAAGAGCGCUUUAGCCCAGAACAAGACCCUGUCCAUGCUGGACGAGAUCCUGGAAGACGUCAAGAAGGCAGCAGACCGGCUAGAGGAGGAGAUCGAGGAGCACGCCUUUGAUAACAACAAACAGAUGAAAGGAGUGAAUGUGGAAGCGGUGUUGAGAGUGGAGGAUGACGAGGAGAGUGGAGGGAAGAGGAAGAACAAGUCCAGGCCGAAGGAAGUGGAGGAUGACCUGGGACUGAGCAUGCUCAUUGACUCGCAGAACAACCAGUACGUCCUGACCAAACCACGGGACUCCACGAUGCCGAGAGCAGACCAUCACUUCAUCAAGGACCUGGUGUCGGUGGUAAUGUUGUCGCUGCCCUGUGGUUGGAUUUGCUCUCUGGUCGGUCUUCCUCCCAUGUUUGGAUAUAUAAUCUGCGGUGUCCUACUUGGCCCUUCUGGCCUCAACAGCAUCAAGUCUAUGGUCCAGGUGGAGACUCUGGGGGAGUUAGGCGUCUUCUUCACUCUCUUUGUGGUGGGACUGGAGUUCUCACCUGAGCGACUUCGCAAGGUGUGGAAGAUAUCAGUACAGGGCUCGUGCUACCUGAGUCUGCUGAUGGUGGGGGCUGGUUUGUUGUGGGGACAAGUCCUGCAUAUACGACCCACACAGACUGUCUUCAUUUCUACAUGCCUGUCCCUGUCGAGCACUCCACUGGUGUCCCGCUUUUUGGCAGGAGGCAGCAGAGGGGAGAAAGAAGGUGAUCUGGACUACAGCAGCGUCCUCCUCGGAAUGUUAGUGAUGCAGGAUGUUCAGCUCGGCUUCUUCAUUGCCGUCAUGCCGACGCUGAUCCAGGCCCAGAGAGGGGACUUGGGCAGCUUCCUGUUGGGAAGUCUCCACGUGUUGUACCUCCUGGCCCAGGUCCUGGUCUCUCUGGCUGCCGUGCUGCUGCUGUGUUUGUUACUUAAAUCAUUCCUAAUUGGGCCCUAUUACAAGAAACUGCAUGCUGAGAGCAAAGGCAACAAGGAGAUCCUGGUGCUGGGGAUGGCAGCUUUCGUCUUUUUCAUGCUGACGGCGACAGACUUUCUGGAUGUUUCUAUGGAGCUGGGAUGUUUCCUGGCUGGAGCUUUGCUGUCCACUCAGGGUCACAUGGUUACGACGGAGGUCAUGGGAUGCAUCGAGCCAAUCCGGGAUUUCCUCGCCAUCAUCUUCUUCGCCUCUAUAGGUCUCCACGUGUUCCCAACGUUCGUGCUGUAUGAGCUCACCAUUCUGCUGGUGCUGACGCUCACUCUCGUCAUUAUGAAGUUCGUGAUGGCCGUAUUCGUGUUGUCAGCGAUCUUGCCGCCGGGCUCUCGACACAUCCGGUGGAUUGUGUCAGCCGGUCUGGCCCAAGUCAGUGAAUUCUCCUUUGUCUUGAGCAGCCGUGCACGUCGUGCAAGCAUCAUCUCCAGAGAGGUGUACCUGCUGGUUCUCAGCGUCACCACCCUCAGCUUGCUGCUGGCGCCAGUGCUCUGGAGAGUCACCACACACAAGUGGGUUCCCUGGACCGAACGCAAAAGUAUCACAUGACCAGAGCACCUUCAGGGCUGAAAGGUUACUGAUGUGAUUCUAAAAAGCUGACAGAAGCAGAAGUUAAGUCUAAUUCAGACACUCAGAAAGGCUGUCAUCGUAACGCACACAAUAACAUGACACUGCCUUCUGGACCAAAUCUUCCUCCUCCUCCUCCUCCUCCUCUUCCUCUUCUUCUUCUUCUUCUUCUGCCUGAGUUAACACACUCAACCUACUGCUUCAUGGUCAUCAUCAGUUACACUUUGACGUCUUCAGAAACGCCUCCUUCAGACUGUUAUAAGGUCUUCUGCUAUCCAUGUAUAUCAUCUGGUACAUUUCUCUCCGUGACCUGCUCCUCUACAGUGUUUACACAUAGCUACUGAUACUGUACAGCACAAGCUAAAAUCAUCUCAGCUAAUAUCUGUCAAAACUUAACCUCUUCACUCUUGUAGCAAGAAUCAAUAACCCUUAAUCAAAAUGGGAGGCAAAGCUGUGUGACAGUUCAGUAGAGAAGCACAAGUACUUGUUUUAGGGUUGUUUUUUUUGUUUUUUUAUUGUUUUACUUAAUCUGUUGAUUCUGAACUUUCAAACCCAAGUUUUCUCGAUUCCUUGUAACAUCAUAGUGACCAAAUCUGACAGUUCAACUUCAUGUUUACGUUACAGGGAGAAUGUUUUGCAUGAUUCAUAUUUGACAAAAUGUUCCAUACAGUUGACCGUCUCACAUUAUUACAUGUAGAUUAUUGCAAGUUCUUAAUGAAGUGCAAACCCUCUUCCUGCAGUAUUUAUUAAAAGGUACUUGUAGUUUAUUUUAAUUAUUGUACUACUGUGAAUUUACCUGUGAUGACAGUUUUAGAGUUGCCUAAAAACUAUAAUAACUCCUCGUACAAAGACUUCAAAACAAACUGUUUUAAUUUAUCCACUUUCUCCAUCAUGUAAAGUAUAGCACUCAAUUGUGAAAUGUAAGAAAUGAAGAUGGUGAAAUAUUAGCAGCUCACACAGAAAACAGUCAUCAGAAUGUAUGUACUGAUGUUCGAUUUAAUAUGGAAUCCUGCAUUAGUUACCAUUGAAUGUCAAACUGACAAUGUGCCUGCUAAACACUGCUCUGCACUAAAAAACAGACUUUGUGGAGUGUGAUCUCACUGUGAGAGAGAGAGCGAGAGAGAGAAGCUCCGUGACAUCUCGCACUGCACAGGUCCUCGUCUUAUCUUCCAUAUUGUGCAAUGAAACUGUAUGUGUGUAGCUGUGUUCAUGUUAUAUUUUGUUUUUAUGUGUAAUCUUUUCAUAUUUUCCUGCAGUGCUUUAACACGGAGGGGUAUGUUUCUUUACUUUGUGUAGUGGAUUGUGUUUACAUACUUGGUGUUGGUGGCCAUGACUAACGCUUCCAGGCAGUUAGUGUAGGCAGUAAGUAAUGCUGUUUCCAUCAAAAUGUUUGUGUAUUUUUAAGUUGUCAUUUUUUUAUUUAUUAAAAAAAGAGCUAUGUUAUAAAACA